AAAGAAAAGAAAAUGAAGAGAUGAUAACGGAAAACCCUAAAGAAAAAAGGAAAAAAAAAAAGGGCGAAGAGAGCUAUCUGAGAAAGAAAAGUGACCAGCUGAGCCCCACCAGUUGCCGUCAGGUCAUUCCACAAGCACCAUCGUUGCCGCCCAAAUCUUAUCAGGCCCGCCACUCCGCGGCCAGCCUAGUCCGACCAAGCCGCCUCCUUUGCACUGCCAAAAGCUCGACCCGCCAGCCAAGCCGCCUCAUCGCCAUCGUAGCUGCAAGCAAGCCCUAGUAAUUAGUAUCAUCUCUUCAGAGUCUCUGUAAUCAUGGCAAGGUCAUCAUCAAACAUGUUGUUGAAGGGGAUUUCAGGUCUCCUAGCUGCUCGUUCUAGUAGAAUUGUGUCUGGAUCUUUUUCCCAGUAUGGAAUGAAGUACUCAUCUACACCUAAUGAGCCUGAUACCCAUGAUGACUUUAAGCCUACUAAUAAGGUUGAGAGCUCUGGGCUUUCUUUGAAGGAAGUUGUUGAGCAGGAUGUCAAAGAGAAUUCUGUUUUGAUUUACAUGAAAGGAGUACCCGAUCUUCCUCAAUGUGGAUUCAGCUCACUAGCAGUAAGGGUGUUAAAACUAUAUGAUGUUCCGCUGAGUGCUAGAAACAUUUUGGAAAACCCCGAGCUGAAAAGUGCUGUAAAAGCCUUCAGCCAAUGGCCAACAUUUCCUCAGAUUUUUAUCAAGGGAGAGUUCAUAGGUGGUUCAGAUAUUAUUCUGAAUUUGCACCAGACUGGCGAACUGAAGGAAAAGCUAAAGGAUAUUGUAGCCAAUCAAGGAAGCUCUGAAUAAGUUGUUGAAUUUAAUGAGUGUGAUUUGAGCUUCAUCAACAUCGGUCCUUUGAUCAUCACAAAGGCUAGAAUAUAUGUGAUCAUUCGAGAUGCUAGGUUUAUGAGAGUCGGCGAUACAAAAAAGUUUCUCUUGAAAUUUAUAGAGAGCAAUACUUAACUUGUUGUUCUCCUUUCAUACUCUGUAUUAUGACCCUUUUUUGUGGCCCAAAAAUUUUUGAAUUAUUGAA